GAGCGACCUGGAUGUGCGGUCACUGGUCUUGCAGCAGCCUGACUUCACUUUCCUAAAGUCUCGAGAGUUUUUCCUCUCCGAGACCGCCUCCUGCGAUCGGCCCAUGCAUGACGUGAAGCUGCUGAAGGUGAAGAAGUCCUCUGCAGCGCGGCGGGCGCAGCUCGCGCAGCGCUUCCGGGUGAAGCAGGCGAAGACCAUGCUUCAAGCAGCCGCGCAGAACAAGCUCUCGACCCAAACAGUCCAAGACGCUCUGCUUGGAGUCCCGGGAGAGGAGGAGCACGUGCCCGCUGUAGAGCUGCACAUGUAUCCAGAGGACCCUCAAAACGCAAGCUCGCACUGGCGGGUGCUGCUGGUGCCGACGACCAGAGAUGCCUUCAAGACGUGGUACUUGUGCCAACCCGCACCUUCCUCGCCACAAUGCGUUGCAAAGCUACCCUUUGAGCCAGUGCCUUUUUACCUCAGCUCUCUGGCCGGAAACUGGUAUUCUUCUUUGGACCGACACCGCUCAUCCCCAUCCUGCCUCCUUCUCGCGAUGGAGGUCAUUCUCGCAUGUGGCUCGUCAGUGCUUGUUGCUCUCGCUCUACUUGCCGGCUGUGCGAUGCUCAAGACGCGCGAAGGUGAUGGGCAAGAUGGUAGAGGUGAUGCAGAGGGUAAGGCUUCUGUCUUCAUUGCAGAGGACUGGUCCUUUCCCUGCAACUGCUGCUUGACGCAGCAUGCGCAUCUGCCCCACGGCCACAGCUUUCAGUACCGCGAUAGCGGUGUGCAGGUGGAAGGUGAGCCCCUGGAUGCGGGGAGUUGCAUCGUGGUGCAGGAAGCGCAGCGAGGCAAAGUAUCGCUACCUCUCAGCUUCUCUGUGUUCAAAGGAGACUGGGCAGAAGUUGUGAAGACACUGCUUGGCAAGCCGACGGAAAAGUUGUGGGGUCGUGUGGAAGACCCCGCCGGGUGGCUCCUCCUUGCCAAGGAGGGCGAUGGCCUGCAACGGGUUGUGGAGGCAGAGGCCAAGCCCAAAGCAGUUUUUGCCCCCCAUGCCGACUUAGUGCCUCCGCUCCCUGUGUUUCUAAGAAGCACUCUGGUCAUGUUGUCAGUGCAUGUGACGUCGCAGUGGAUUUUGGUCGAAUACUUCACCAGGAUGUAUUCCUUUCCUGCAUUGAUGUAUUUGGUUUUCAGUACAGUGUCCACGCACAUUCUGGUGAUGCUGGAGCGUUAUAAAACCUGCGUGCUCGGCAUGCAAUACGAUGAAGUUUUGCAGACCAAGCGCCACUUGCUGCGAUUGAGGACGGCAAACAUGAAGAUUCUCAUAGUCUUUGGGGUUCUCCAGGCCUCCAUCAUGGGCACCAUUUUGGCAAAGCUGACUGUUGCAUCCAGCAAGCAGCUGGUGACCGAAAUGGGUUUCCUGGCAGGCCUUGCUUUGCAUGCCAAGGCGAUGUAUGACACCAGCGCGGUGCGGCAGAAGUGGCGUGAGCCACAGCUGGCAAGCAAGGAGAUCUACACAGCCGCCCUGGAAACAAUGCCGAGCACCUCUACAAGACCAAUAACUCUUAGCAGCCAGAGAGCACGGAACCUUUCCUCGCUGUGGCGGGUGACACUUGCGGUAGUUAUCAUAGCUUUGAUGCUGGUCGCACGCAUCACGCUGGAUGUGCUGCAGCUGCGGGGAGAGCUUGUGGGCUACAGCAUUUCUCGAGGAAAACUCGUGUACCCAGCUUGUAGCCAGGCCUUUCACAACACGUUCCUCCUGGACCAGAACGCGGACUCCUUUACUCUGGAGUUGCAGCUGGGAGACUUCACGCAAGGUGUGCGGAUUGAGCUGGUGCACCCUCUCCUCGCAAAUCAGGAGAACGCGAGCGAGCCUCUUUUCGUGAACGCAUCGGGUGAGGAGAAGUUGUCACUUCCGAGUGGGCCUCUGUAUUCUCAGCUGAGGCUCCAUGCAAUUGGAGAUUAUGCCAAUACCACUUAUCUGAUUCACAUCCUGCGUGUGGGCGAGGCCAUCUCAAUCAACCUCUCUGCCACCUUCAACGAAGCCAGGUAUCCAGAAUUGGCAGGCGUGGUAUUCCAGGAGGAACGCCGACUGCAGUACCAGCUGAAGCACCGCCUGUGGUACGUCCCAGACAUCGACCUCUCAGAUAAAGCCGCCCUGCUGGUGACGAUGACUUCCAUGGUGCUUGCGCCCAUGAUCUCUGCCUCGCAGGAGGGCGUCGUGGCAGCCGCUGCAAUCCCAAGCCUGGGCCAGAAGUGCCAGUGUGAGCAGUCACCAGGCCAGCAAAGCAACUGUGUCGCAGAAAAAGAAGUGCGCGUGGGUAACGCGACCUUCUGCAUCUACCAGCACAGCGCAGAGCAGGCAAUCUACCCGAACCGAGGAGAUGCCGGAGUGGCUGGGAAGGACAGCAGCAUCCUCCAGUGGCUGCAGGAUACCCGGUUCAGUGGGAAAUGGGUCCGCUUGACUCCCGGAUCGGACUUCAACGCCGAAACCUCCGGAAAUCACAGUUUGAGUACACGCUUCCGGCUGACCGGUACGCUCCAGACAUUGAGGGAUGACAACCGAGCUAUACAGAUCGUGGCGACCCAGGACAUGACGAACUCCGAAGCUUUGGAGGUACAGGUCAUGGUA